GGGAUGCUGAAGGUGCUGAAAUAGCAGCACGGACAAGCCACUAGAUGUUAAAUCCCCGAGCUGCUUGAAAGCCUGAGAUGACUAUAGGGAGAAUGGAGAAUGUGGAGGUCUUCUCUUCUGAGGGUAAAGGCAGGGGUCUGAAGGCCACUAAGGAGUUCUGGGCUUCAGAUGUCAUCUUUGCAGAGCGAGCAUAUUCAGCAGUAGUGUUUGACAGCCUUGUGAAUGUCGUGUGCCACACCUGCUUCAAGAGGCAGGAGAAGCUCCACCGCUGUGGGCAGUGCAAGUUUGCUCAUUACUGUGACCGAACCUGCCAGAAGGAUGCUUGGCUGAACCACAAGAAUGAAUGUUCAGCAAUCAAGAGAUCUGGGAAGGUGCCCAAUGAGAAUAUCAGGCUGGCUGCACGCAUCAUGUGGAGGGUGGAGAGAGAGGGCACUGGGCUCACUGAGGGCUGCCUGGUCGCAGUGGAUGAUCUGCAGAACCACGUGGAACACUUCGGGGAGGAGGAGCAGAAAGAGCUGCGGGUGGACGUGGACACGUUCAUGCAGUAUUGGCCUCCCCACUGCCAGCAGUUCAGCAUGCAAUACAUCUCACACAUCUUCGGCGUGAUUAACUGCAAUGGUUUCACACUCAGUGAUCAAAGAGGCCUGCAGGCAGUGGGUGUGGGCAUCUUCCCCAACCUGGGUCUGGUGAACCAUGACUGUUGGCCCAACUGUACCGUCAUAUUUAACAAUGGCAAUCAUGAGGCAGUGAAAUCCAUGUUUCACACCCAGAUGAGAAUUGAGCUCCGGGCCCUGGGCAAGAUCUCAGAAGGAGAGGAGUUAACAGUGUCCUAUAUCGACUUCCUUAAUGUCAGUGAGGAACGCAAGAAGCAGCUGAAGAAGCAGUACUACUUUGACUGCACAUGUGAACACUGCCAAAAAAGGCUGAAAGAUGACCUCUUCCUGGGACUGAAAGAUGACCCAAAGCCCUCUCAGGAUGUGGUGAAGGAAAUUAUACAAAUCUCUAAGGACACUCUGGAAAAAAUUGACAAGGCUCGCUCAGAGGGUCUGUACCAUGAGGUUGUGAAGUUGUGCCGGGAGUGUCUGCAGAAGCAGGAGCCAGUCUUUGCUGACACCAACCUCUACACGCUACGGCUGCUGAGCAUUGUUUCGGAGGUGCUGUCUUACCUUCAGGCCUUUGAGGAGGCCUCAUAUUAUGCCAGGAGGAUGGUGGAUGGCUACAUGAAGCUCUACCACCAUAACAAUGCACAACUGGGUAUGGCUGUGAUGCGGGCAGGACUGACCAACUGGCAUGCAGGUAACAUAGAGGCAGGCCACGGGAUGAUCUGCAAAGCCUAUGCCAUUCUCCUGGUGACACAUGGACCUUCCCAUCCCAUCACCAAGGACUUAGAGGCCAUGCGAGUGCAAACUGAGAUGGAGCUGCGCAUGUUCCACCAGAAUGAGUUCAUGUACCACAAGAUGCGGGAGGCUGCUCUGAACAACCAGCCCAUGCAGGUCAUGGCUGAGCCCAACAACGAGCCAGCCCCUGCUCUGUUCCAUAAGAAGCAAUGAGGACCUGCCCGGCAGGGUGGAGAUAGUGUAACUGGGGCCCAAGAGAGAUUCUGGAGGUGGUAGGACUUCUGGGGAGACCUUGGUGAGGAAGAUGAGGUAGCUGUCACUGGUGUUGAUAUAAGAGUGUACUGUGUUCCCUAGUGUCAUUUUGGUUCAUUUCAACUUGAUUCAAUUCAGCAGAACUUCCAGCCCAAUCCAGUGCAACUCAUCCUACAGGUUUUUAUUGAGUGUUAGACCUUAGGAAUAGGGAAGCCCCAAACCUAGGCUGGGAGGUAAAACAAAGGAUUAAAACAUAGGUUAAUGAUAAAUGCAGUGGUAAACUAUGCAGAGUGAAGUUCAGAGGAGAGCAUGUGGCAUGUGCAUGUGGUGUGUGUGUGUGUGUGUGUGUGUGUGUGCGCAUGCGUGUGCAUUUUCAUGUCCCGGGCAGUUGUGUGUUUUCCACUCAGGAGUGAAGUUCUUAGAAAUCAACCAGUUAUGUUUUUCUGCCACUUGAGAGGACACCAAGCUUUCACUAAUGUUUUAGAAGAUUCUGGAGAUGACUCUUCUACCUUGGGGUGUCGCCAAAUCUUCAACAUCAUCUGGAGCCACUCUUGUCCCCAGAACUCUUGCUAGUGCCUUGAAAUUAGUUAUUCCUACCAGACCCCAUCUGUGCCACUUUGCACGAAGCAUUAGCUUGCCAUACCCACCCUUUCAUUCUCAGAAUGACUCCCUGUCUCCUUAUAAACUCUUCAGAUGUGCCACCUUUUUGCAAAAUACUUGUACCUGGCUCUUCUUUGAGAAUACCACCAUCUUUGGAAGCUUUCACAGGAAGAAAGACAACUACUUCAAUUCUCAUACUACAGGUUUAGAGAUGGUACCAGCAUUCUCCUGGGGAUUCAGCUGGCACAUUCAUAUGAUUACUCUUCUAAUCUCAUAUAAAACCUCUCCCCCAGCCUCUCUCUAUCACUGUUAUUUGCCACUGGUCCUCCCCCUCCUGUUUAAGAUCUUGUUUUCUAGUCAGUCUUUCUCAGACUUGGUGUCUUUAAUGUUCUCUCACAUCUAGUUUUCUUGCUUCAUAGACUCACUCCUAGAUCUCUUUCCAUUUUUUUUUUAUUUUUUAAAUUUUAUUUAUUUAUUUUGGAUAGAGACAGAAAUUGAGAGGGGUGGUCUGGGAGGGAAGUGCAGUGGAUAAAGCCUUUGACUCUUGAGCAUGAAGUCCUGUGUUCAAUCCCCGGCAGCACAUAUACCAGAGUGUGCUCUCUCCUCCUAUCUUCUUCAUGAAUAAAUAAAUAAAAUCUUUAUCUGGGUGGUUCAAAAUCGUGAUUCUCCUGUGAGCUGUUCUAAUCUUGGUUUUACCAGCAGAUGGGCUUACACCCCAAAUAAGACUAGCUUCUUGUCUACUCAUUUUCUGUUCAAAUUCCUCCUUUGUAGUAGGACAAAAGGCUAGGAGUUGAAAUCUUCUUUGCAGUUUCUGUGAUUACUUGUUCUAGAGACCUGCAAAUGCAAAUGUUGCAACACCCAGUCCAACAGCUAUCAGACUUAAAAAAAAAAAAUUAUAAAAAGGAAACAUUGAAAAACCGUAGGAUAAGAGGGGUACAACUCCACACAAUUCCCACCACCAGAUCUCCAUAUCCCCGCCCCUCCCCAAUAGCUUUCCUAUUCUUUAACCCUCUGGGAGUAUGGACCCAAGGUCAUUGUGGGAUGCAGAAGGUGGAAGGUCUGGCUUCUGUAAUUGCUUCCCCGCUGAACAUGGGUGUUGACAGGUCGAUCCAUACUUCCAGCCUGUCUCUCACUUUCCCUAGUGGGGUGGGCUUGCCAGGUGCUGGUCGAUGUCCGCGUCAGCCGGUCUGUGUAGUGAAGCCCCUCUCCCAAGGGGGCAGCCAUAAGAGGGCAGCCGGCAAGACAUGGAAUGUGUAGGCUCUGCCCUCUCCAUUUUCUACAUGUUCAUAACAUUCUGCCAGUCACACCCUAGACAGUCACCACCUGUCAUAUUUUUAAUUUUUGAUGUCUGACUUCCUGGUCAUUAUUUCCUACUUUUAAAAUGUUCUCCAUCUCUUUUCCCCAUCCCAAAUUACUCCAUGUUGUCAUGUCACCUCUGCUGUUCACUUUCCUCCUGUCUUCUCUCCCUGUCAAAUGAUUCAGUUUAUCUGCCUUCAUUCCAUUCUGCCAGUUCUCCCUUCCUGCCUGACAGAGUCCCAACCAUGGAUUCAUGCAACCGUUCUGCUUUUCCUUUAUUAUAAUCAGGGGUGCUGAGCACAGCCACCUGGACUCAGGUAUUCCUAUGUAUGCACCUCAAACCUCUGAUGACCUGUGGGCCCAGCCCAGAAAUGAUUCCUUGUGCCUCCUUUCCCUUUGCUAUGUCAAAUUUUCACAUCUAUUCUUGAAUUCUUGGUUUUUAGAAGAACCUUACCUCCUGCUUUAUGAAGAAAACAGAGGCCAGAAAAUGGAUUUUCUCAGUUCCCUCUUCCAAAAUCAACAUAUGUCAUGUCUGUAUACAUUCUUCCUUCUCUCCUCAGAUCAGUGGAUAGGGACCUCUCUUCUCCUCCAAAGUUAAACUCUCCCCUAUUCUCUGGACCUUGUCCCUCCUAUAGCCCAAGGCCUUCUCCAUCCUGUGUCCUUGGCAUUUCUUUAUCCAUAGACUUUUUAGUUCAGUUGUGAAAUUUUCUGGAGACCUUUCAAUUCAUUAUCUUCAUAGCCAUGUUUUUCUUAAAGUAAGAAUCUGUCUCUUAUAGUUAUUCCUCAUCUUCAUUUACAUUUCAAUUUCAUACUGAAAAGUUAUAUUUCAUAUUGCAUACUGGCUUUCUAAACUCCACUAACAUAGCUCUUGCCAAGGUCAAGUCUAGUGGGUACUUUUCAAUUCUUAUAUAAUUUGACUUCCCUGCAUCCAUUGAUAACCCUAGCUGUUGAUUCCUGUGACAGCACUUCCUUGUGCUGAUCUUCUGAUGUGAUUUCUCAGAUUCCUUUCCUGCUCCCAUUUCUCUACUUGCCCCUUGUGACACUUCCUGGAUUUGCCUUUGUUCACUCUGGACACUUUAGAUUCAUUCUCCUCUCACUCUGAGCCCUCCCUGUGUGAGCUCAGCCAGUCCUUUGCUCCAUCCUCCAUCUAGCCCCAUAUACUCCUGUAGACAUUUUUCGGGAUCAUCAAACUGGACACUUCCAACAUGGAAUUUUCUUUCCUUUUUUUUCCUCUCUCUCUCUCUCUCUUGCAUCUGUUCUUCCUCAGCACAGCACCUCAGAACACCUGCAAGAACCAGUUCCCAAAUCUCAAUUGCCUUCUAUACGUCAAUCAGAUUCACUUCACUCUCUGAGGGCCCCUGGGUUACCAGUAUUCUCCCAUGCCUCACGUUGUGUUUUGAGAGCUAGUCAACAUUUUUUCAUCAUUCACCACCCAAUUAGAGAUCACUUUUUCUGUGAAACCUUCCUUGAGUGACUUAGAUUAGCUGGCCAUGUUUCAGAAUCUCUCCUAGUACCAAUGUAUCCCUCAACAGAAGGCUGAUCAUGGCACUACAAUUGCUAUUUCUACUUCUUUGCCUCCCUCCAGAGGUUGUGAUUUCCUAGAUGGCGUGAACUGUGUUCCUUUCUUCGUCUUCGUAACUCCAGAACCCAAAACAGACCUUGGAAAUUAGCAGGUGCUCAGCUAAUUUGUGAUGAAUGAAUGAAAAAGUGAAUGGAUUUGCUUAUCUUAGAGCAGAAGAGACACAAAACUAUGUAUUUUGAGUUUGUAUGUUACAACAGUUAACAAAAGCAAUUAAACACUGUGCUUCCAAGAAAA